GCAGUUGUCGGCGCUCCCUGGCACAGUGCCUCUCUGAGCGGCUCUCCCAUAGUGCCACGCUGAGCGGCUCUCCCACAGUGCCACGCUGAGCGGCUUCCCCAGUCUCACCAAUAGCGGCUCACUCUGAUCUGAUUGACUUCCUUUAAGUGCCACAUGCCAGCGAGGCACUAUACUAGCCGAACCAUCGUCUGUUCUCACAAGACAACACCGACAAACACUGGCAGUUUAAACCAGGACCUAGAAGGGGACUUGGGCGAGUGAGACUUGAGCUGAGAGUGAGCCUUGAGCUGAGAGUGAGCCUUGAGCUGAGAGUGAGCCGAGAAAGGCUUUGAUUAGCGGGUUACCGUGUCAAGAUGGACCCGGGCAAGAUCUUCCAGAUCAUCACUAACAGCACGCUCCUGGCGAGCCGUCUGCUGUCUGGCGCUGGGGGUCCUCUGCAGUUCUCGGAGCCUCGCUACUGCCUGGUGGUGGCCGAGGACGCCCCGCCUGGCCUCAGGGUCACCCAGGUCACCGCCACCCACAAGGACGGUGUGGGAGUGCGGUACAGCAUCACUGGCGGCAACAGAGACGGACUCUUCACCAUUGACCAGCGGUCAGGACUCAUCACACUGGCCGCUCCCCUCGACUACGAACUCCAGCCCAAGCACGAGUUGGUGGUGGCAGCGGAGGCGGCCGGGAGGACCGUCCACUCCAUGGUGCAGGUGACGGUGGCCGACGUCAACGACAACGCUCCACACUUCCUCCAGAGGGACAUCCAGGUGGCCGUCGUCGAGGAGGACGACCGCCACCUUCCCGCCACCAUCUUCAAGGUAGAAGCUGUGGACCCCGACAAGGUGGACUCUGCCGGGCUGGUGUACAGUGUUGGAGGUGACGGAGUUGACGGUCACUCCCCCACCCGCGCCUUCUUCACUAUCAACCCCCUCACCGGUCACCUCCUGCAGCUGAGGGCGCUGGACCGGGACCCGCCGCUGGGGAGAGAGAGGUGGCAGGUGAAGGUACAGGUGCGGGACGGACAGCGGGUGUCGCCCUCGCUGGCCGCUGCCUCCCGGGCCUCCAGGCGCCCCCCCACGCUCUCACACCCUCAACACCUCCACUCCCACCAACCCCAAGUGCCACCACAGGCCCACGCUCUCACCACACGCAACCUGGGAGUGCCACCACAGGCCCACGCUCUCACCACACGCAACCUGGGAGUGCCACCACAGGCCCACGCUCUCACCACACGCAACCAUGAAAUGCCAUCACGGGGCCAGAUUGGUAUGUCAUACAACCCUGAGGUGACACUAGGGAGCCAGUCUGUCACAUCACAUAAGGUACCACCCAAUUUUAUGUUACGCAACAGAAAAGUUCCCCCCGGAGGCCAGUUUUUUAUACCGAACUACACCGAAGUAUUACCAGAGAGUGGGUCGACCAUACCUCAGUUCUCCAAUGGACCGGUGCAGAGUAAUUAUUUCCAAUCUCGGGACCCCAACGCAGAAAAAGGUAGCCGUUUUCUGUACCGGGAUUCCGACGCAGGAAAAGAUCUCUAUUUCUUGCCUCAGAACUCUGCCAUUGCACCAGAGGAUCCAUAUUUCCUUCUUCAAGAUCCCUUGGUAGAAGAGAGAACCAUUCAAGUGACAAAUAAGGAAGAUGUGGAGAUCGGUGGAAGACUUGGAGAAAAUGUACAACAAAUAAGAGACGAGGAGCAACAAGAACACAUUUCAGAAACUAUUGGCAGGCACACUUACCAAACAGAGGAAAAAGAGGAGAUAACCGUAAGAAAAGGUAGCAAGCGAGAAGGAGAAAAUAAAGGCGCCUCAAAACACUUAAGAAAAAGAGGAAAAUUCAUCCCGAAGAGAAGAAGAGCGUCAGAAAGGAAGAGAAAGUUACGAGACAAGAAUCUCCAAAAUACUAAGGAAAUUUUAGGUGAUAAAAAACGUAAGAUGGGAGGAGGUAGGCAGAGCAGCAGUGCCGGCGACAGGAGGCGGAAACCCUCACCAGGUCGUGGGUAUCAAGUCAGAGGUCGUAAAGCAGGUCAGCAAGGUCUUGGAGCACAGGUCGCCCGUAGGGUCUCGGGGUCAACCAGUGGCUGUAGCGAUCAGUACCCUCGAGGAACCCUCAGCACGGCCAACAAGUAUGAUAUAGCAAGUCCUGUGAGAAACAAAUAUUUCGCACAUAGAAAGUAUGAUCAAAUUGCUGUUAAAUGCAAACGGUUGUCUGCCAGAGGUAUAUUAAACUUAGCAUCGCCAUAUAAUGCAGGGGGCAAAAUUAACGUUGCGAGAAGCCAUAAGUUGAGACUGAACAGCGGUUUCACAUACAAAGGUGAGCAAAACUUCAGUGAAACACUUGCUUUUACACCAAAGCCCCAUGUUGUGAGGCUCCGUGAAGUGCCCAGGAGUCGUCACAACAGGUCGUCGCCCCGCAGAGAUUCAGGUCGAGUUGAAGAUCUGGGAGAACCUGUGGAACACCAUCGCGAUAAUCAUCUAUCUGCACCAAGCGCCGUAGCCACGACUCCCUCAAGAACUAAAGGUGACUUAGAAGGGGACUUGGGUGAUGCAAAAUCAGAGGGAAAAGGUUCAGCCGCAGGCAAAUCGACUCUACUCGUCAAUAAACGCGAAAUACGUCGCCAGAUGCCAGAGGAGCGAGUCUACGUGAAGAGGUUGGGAAGGAACGGUGGAGGGUGUGAGGACUAUGGUAGCUUCUCUAUGAGUCCGGAGGAGGCCCCGGAGGAGGAGGAGGCGGAGCCAUGGUACCUGCAGGAUAUGAGGCGGGAGCAGGUGCACGUGGCGGAGACGGUGGUGACGGUGGUGGUGAAGGACAUCAACGACAACGCUCCCGUCUUCCCCAACGCCACCAUCUAUGGCGAGGUGCAGGAGAACGGCCCCAUUGACCUGUCGGUGGGCGUGGUGUGGGCGUGGGACGCGGACGACGAGAAGGAAGGCACCAACGCUCUCCUCACUUACACCAUUGAGAAGAACGUGAUGGAGGAACGGUCAGGCCAGGCCAUCUUCGCCAUCAACCCAGAGACCGGCCUCGUCCGCACCGCCAUCUGUUGCCUGGACCGUGAGACUACACCAGAGUACCACAUCCAGGUGGUGGCUGUGGACGGUGGCGGCCUCAAGGGUACGGGGACGGUGGUGGUGCGGCUGGCCGACGUGAACGACAACUCUCCACGACUGACCCAGGACCUGUGGCAGGUGGAGGUGGACGAGACCUGGGGCGACGGACCCCCCAGCAACCACACCCUCCUCCAGGUCACCACCGCCGACCACGACACCUCAAACUACUUCUUCUACCGGGUGGUGGAGGCCAGCGGGUGGGGCUGGCAACACUUCAGCAUGAGGACUGAGGGCACCUCUGGGCACUUGUAUGCUGGGAGGACUCUGGACUAUGAGGACGCUGCCCAGCGGCGAGGCUUCCGCUUCAUGGUGCAGGUCACGGACAGGGGUCGAGGCGGGUGGAGCGACGCCCGACACACCGACACAGCGUGGGUGGAGGUGAGGCUCCGGGACGUUAACGACAACCCGCCACAGUUCAGCCGCCCGCACGCCCACGUCACCGUCAGGGAGGACACCGCCCCCGGCACCCUCCUCGCUUCCCUCACUGCCACGGACCCUGACAUGAUGGAGGAGCAGGUUGUGGAGUACCGUGUGGUGGGGGGUUGGGGGGUGGUGACAGUUGAUGGUGUGGGGGGAGUGAGGUUGUGGCGCGCCCUGGACCGUGAGUCUCCUGGAGGGGAGGUGGGCGUGGCGCGGGUGGUAGCCGUGGAUGAUGGCCGCCCAUCGCUCUCCUCCACCGCCACCCUCACCAUCACCCUCACCGACGUCAACGACUGUCCGCCCCGGCUCCUACCCCCCACCGUCCUCCACGUCACAGAGGGAGCUCCUGCCUCUCUCCUGGGAAUCCUCACAGCUACUGACGAUGAUGUCUGGGCGCUGGGGCACGGUCCGCCCUUCACCUUCACCCUGGCGCCCUCCAACCCCACCCACGUCCUCAAUAUUCUCAGCAUCAGCUACCAGGCAGACCUGGAUAGUGGGCGCGGCGGGGCGGAGGUUUGGACAGCCGGACCUUUGGACAGGGAGGAGCACCGCCAGUUGACAGCCGAGGUGGUGGUGGCGGACGCUCAGGGCCUGACAGCCGCCCACCCCAUCACCGUCAUUGUUGAUGAUAUCAAUGAUAAUCCCAUGAGACCCGGCGCCAAGACAGUCUACCUAUGGAAGAUGCAGGGCGGAGGUGCGGAUGCUGCCCUGGGCAGAGUGUACGUGGAGGACCCGGAUGACUGGGAUCUCCAGGAUAAAACAUUUGCCUGGGCAGGACCUCCCCAUCCACUCUUCACCCUCCAACCUAACACUGGAGAUAUAUUUGCCUCCACGCAACUCAGAGAAGGAAGGUACGAGCUGCACUUCCGAGUAUCAGACCGUGUGUGGGGUCAGCAGGACGUGCCGGCCAAUGUGACGGUGAUGGUGAGGUACCUGUCCCUCGAGGCUCUGGCCCACGCCGUGCCCGUCACCCUGAUGCCCACCAUACCCGCCUCGCUCACCGCUGGCUGGACGCCGCUGCAUGGUGGUGGUGGACUUGGUCGACUGACAGAAGCAGUGAUGCAGGUGGUAGGGAGGAGUGCUGAUGCUGUGGAGAUCGUCAGUGUGUAUGGCCUCCAGGCUCCAGAAACCUUCCCCGUUCCAACCUUCCCGAAUUAUCUGCUGAAGCCGGUCGUUCACGGCUUCAGUCCUGUCAUCCAAGCCUUACCUUCUCCAUCCCCCUUUGCCUGUGUGUGGGUGAGCGUAAGACAAGCUGACGGUGUUUUCAUAGAUCCGGUCAAGUUACACGGCCUGCUAGCCCUCCAUUUGCAACAUCUUGAAAGGGUAAUGAACCUGCGGGUGGCGCUGGAGGAUGCUCAAACCAUGGAAGAGAAUAAUGAGAAGUCAGCAUCUGGUUCUUCCAUAUUUUCCUUCCUAGAUGACUCCUCCCCUCAUGACCCUUCAUCUGUAGCGUCCCUGGCAUCAGCGGCACUCCCUCUUCAGGUGGUGGACACCAACACUACAUCGCUAGUGACUCCACGGCUGACACGAGCUCAUGAUUGUGACCCUCGCUUACAAAGUGGAGACGAGACCUGUACACCAAUAUCCUGCCUGAAUGGUGGCCGUUGUGUGAGAACAGAUAUCGGGAAAAGAUGUGUGUGUCCAGGAGGCUCCUGGGGACCUCAGUGUAAGGUUCUUGGUCGCACUUUCUCGGGAUCGGGCUGGGCUUGGGUUCAGCCACUGCCGCCAUGCCUCCCCACCACGCUUUCAUUACGCCUCUUGUCACGCAAUCCCGAUGCACUGAUCCUCUAUUCCGGACCCCUGUCAAGCACUUCCACCCAUCCGCACUACCCGCCCACACCCAUGGUGGCGCUGCAGCUGGUGGGUGGGCAGCCUCAGCUUAUACUGGAAGGGGCAAGAGGACCAGUCAAGCUUCAUGUCAACACUACACUGAACACCGGCACUUGGCACACCAUUCAUCUGCAUCUCAAUGCUCAGGGAGUAACGCUAAUGGUGGAUAUGUGUGGGCGUGGGUGGGAUGCUGACAGAACCAGUGAUACCCAUUGCAUUGCAAGAGCCCCAUGGGUGGACGCUCAGGUAACUGAGAGCUGGAGUAGCAGCGUGCCUCUCCAGCUUGGUGGCCUUGCCCACCUGUAUCCUGAAGCUGCAGUAUUUGGUUGGUCUGGUGGGCUUGUAACCCAGGCCUUAAAUGGCUGCAUCUCUCGCCUCACAAUUAAUGGACAGCUAGUUGACUUGGGUGAGCCAGCAUACAGUAGUGGAAGCGUCAAGGGAUGCAAACCUCAGGAGGUGGCUUGUGAAACCACUUUUGCCUCCUGUGGUACUCAAGGCUCUUGUGUUGGUGGCCUCAUUAACCCUAGAUGUGACUGUAAUCCAGGCUGGACAGGGCCUGAGUGUACCACACCCACUGUACCAGUUGCUCUUGGCCAAGCUUCCUACACAAAGGUAGCUCUGUCCUUCACGCCAGACCCUCAUGAUGUGACACUGCAACUACGAGUGAGAGCUCGAGGUCGUCCUGAGGGUCUCCUGAUGCAGCUCACUGACAGCCAACAGACUCAUGCCUUGAAAUUGCAUCUACGUGGUGGAGUAGCCUGCGCUUGUGUUUCUGGGGUGGAACGAGCACUUCAAGAGGUGUGUUUAGAGGGUUUCCCAGUGGGCGAUGGGGCAUGGCACACUAUACGAGUAGGUCGCCAUGGACACAACCUAAUCAUCUCUGUUGAUGACAGUGAUGGGUGGCGACAGAACGAGACUCUGACAACUCUACUUACCACCACCAUCCAUGGAGACAUGCAGGCCGUUGUCAAUGAACCCCCCGCGCCACUCUCUCUCGACAUGGAAGACGGAAUACUUGUGGGAGGCAUCCCGAAGUUUGUGGAUCAUACCCUGUUGACGGUGCACGAUGAUCUUCAAGACUGUUGUGUUGAUGAUGUACGUGUGUCCGGUCACCCCCUUCCACUUGCGCCUUCUGUAAACAGUACCAGCUGGAGUAAGGUUACUACCCUUCACAACAUCAAGGAAGGUUGUUCAGCCCCUGAUGCCUGCGCCAACAUCACCUGCUGGCCUCCCUUAUCCUGCCAUGACUCUUGGAGGCAUGCCACUUGCAGCUGUGAGUCAGGUGAGCAGGUGGUGGGGCACAGCUGCCAGGAUGUUGAUGAGUGCGUGUUCCAGCCGUGUCUCCACGGGGGCACCUGCUACAACCUCACACCUGGCUACCACUGUUUGUGUGCUCCAGCCCACACUGGAGACAACUGUGAAUGGUCCAAGUUGCCACCAGACUCCCAUCCUCUCACAGCUCCCAUGGCCAUAGCUGCCCUUACACUCUCUGUGCUUAUUGUUGUGUUGAUAGGUGUCCUGCUGAACCUCCGCCUCCACCGGUCGCGUGCUGCCCGGGCCCUGGCCCUACGCCCAGGUGGUGUAGAAGGUGUGACGGGUGUGGUUCUGGGCACCCCCAUGGCGGUACAGGCAGUCACCGACAACCCCCACACCCAAGCUGCUAAGGAAGAAAGCGUCUUUAUGGAGUCAUUGAUGAUCAAACCACCAAGCAAACAGAUUGUUCUGACCCCUGAAGGUACCGAACACUUAGUUACUCCUUUAGGGCUGUCCACUGUGGGUGGUGAGACCUUGGCCAUCAGGGAGGUCAGACACCUAGUUCCAGGGAACACCACAAAAAUUCCCAGUGCAGAUGGUGUUGAAAACAAGAAUAUAAUUAUCCCUCAGAGAUGCUCAGUUGCAGCAGUUACUACUACUACCACUACAAUGGGUGGUGUAGUUCUGGAGAACAGAACAGUAUGUUCUGCAGCACCAACAGGAGCUCGACAAAUCAUCAUAGAUGUCGGUGUGGGUUCUGUUCAAAAUAUAUUGGCCCAAGAUGACCUUCGAGCUUAUGCAUACGAGGGAGACGGCUCGCCAUCUGGGUCACUCACUUCUACUGUUUUAGGUCUGCGCACAGAGUCACCAGAGGACAACGUGAAGCCUCUAUUACCAGAGUGUGGGGAGGUGCUGGAUCUCCUCAAAAACCUCCCAGAUUCUGUCACUUCAGCGCAUAGCAAUGAGAGUUCUCAUCCCUCGACUAUUCCUGAUAAAUCAGUUCAGGGAUCCUCAAUUCCAAGAGCCAGAGAAACUGGCAUAAAUAUCACUUGAGGUUAACAUUUGAACAGUUGCAUCUUAAAGAAGAUAAGCUUGCUUCAGCGCACACACUCACACACCCACAAGUUUGCAAAGACUUUAUUUUGAUGUGUGUCAAGUUGAGGCGUGAAAGUAAUAAUUAUGCCAAAGCACAUGCAGUCCCUUAAUAUCAGUCUUGUUUUAUGAACUUCGAUUCGUUACAGUCAACGUUUUUAUUUUACAUGAGAUAAUUAAAUUGUUCAUAAAUAUUUGUACUUGGGCAAAUGCAGAAAUGGAGCGUGCACGACUCGCCUUGACACGGUGGGCGUCUAGGUGCAUGUGGCGUUGUAUUCUAGUCUGGAGGAAAGUGCACUUGCUAUUCCUGGCUUACUUGUCUUUUCAGAGUCUUGACACCAUUUUAUUGGAAGAAUUUUAAGUUGAACAUUAAACUAUUUUGUCAAGUUUAUAAAAGUGAUAAAUUUUAGGGUAGAUGUACUAUAUCAGUGACGUAAUGGAGCUGUUUAUACGUUUAUAUGAUAUAAGAAAUAAAUCACAUAAUACGAA